CCGCCCGGCGGUGCUGCGCGUGCGCGUCAAGGGGGCGGGAGGUGGCGCCCCCUGUCUGCCGGGCCGGGAGUGCGCCUGCCCACGCGGGCGGCCCAGGCAAGAUGCUGCAGGAAAACAUCUUUCUGUUCGUGCCCAACCUCAUCGGCUACGCACGGAUCGUCUUCGCCCUAAUCGCCUUCUACUUCAUGCCCUGCUGCCCGCUCACGGCCUCCUCUUUCUACCUGCUGAGCGGCCUCCUGGACGCCUUCGAUGGCCACGCUGCCCGGGCGCUUGACCAAGGGACCCGAUUUGGGGCGAUGCUGGACAUGCUGACCGACCGCUGUGCCACCAUGUGUCUGCUGGUCAACCUGGCGCUGCUCUACCCCCGGGCAACCCUGCUUUUCCAGCUCAGCAUGAGCCUGGACGUCGCCAGCCACUGGCUGCACCUGCACAGCUCGGUGGUCCGGGGCAGUGGCAGCCACAAGACCAUUGAUCUGACGGGAAAUCCGGUGCUGCGGCUCUACUACACGUCCCGGCCUGUGUUGUUCCUCAUGUGUGCUGGGAACGAACUCUUCUACUGUCUGCUCUACCUUCUCAACUUCUCCGAGGGACCGACAGUGGGCCUGGGAUCAGCCGGCCUGUUCCGGGUGGGAGUGUGGCUUUGCGCACCCGUCGCCUUCCUCAAGUCCCUCAUCAGCGUCGUCCACCUGGUGACGGCUUCCCGCAACAUGGCCGCGCUGGAUGCCGCCGACCGGGCCAAGAGGAAGUAGUCCCGCGGUCCCGGCCGGAGCCCCUCCCCUGCCUCCGAGACCCCCUCGCUCCCACCCGGGCUGUUCCCCGGAGCGGACAGCACAGCCCCCAGUCCCAGGCGGCGGCGGCCAGGACACCAUCGCACCCCACCCCAGCGCGCUCACGUCCCACCUCAUCCGCCGUGUUCCCACCGCGACGGCGGCCACCCUCUCGCCCGACAGGUCACAGCUGCCCAGGGGUGUCACGCCCUCGGUCGUCACGUUUGCCGGAGGGAAGGGGUCCCGUCCCUGCCAUCCUAGUUCCAUUGGAUCAAUCAAUCAGUCGUAUUUAUUGAGCGCUUACUGUGUGCGGAGCACUGGACUAAGCGCUUGGGAAGUACA